UAUUUUAAUCCGACUGUAGUUUUCUGGAAAAUUAUGCCGUUGAAUAUGGAUUGUGAAUUAAAGAAAGAUUCUCACGAUGAGAUUGUCGUUAACGGCGGAAGCCACGGCGUUUUUGUCUCAAGUGCCAACAGAAACAAGCUCAUUAUCGACACCGAUCCGGGGAUUGAUGAUAGCAUCGCAAUCUUAAUGGCAUUCCAGAAUCCAGAGUAUGAGAUCUUAGGUUUGACGACUGUAUUUGGGAAUCUCCAUACCAAAGAUGCCACUCGUAAUGCCUUACUUCUGUGUGAAAUUGCAGGGAAUCCUGGUGUUCCCGUAGCAGAAGGCAGCCCGGAGCCUCUUAAGGGUGGGAGGCCAUCGGUCGCCGACUUUGUUCAUGGCUCUGAUGGAAUGGGGCAUAUAUAUCUACCUCAUCCGAAAACGAAGAAAUUGGAUAAUACUGCCUCUGAAUUUUUAGUUGAAAAGGUGUCUGAAUAUCCCGGUGAGGUAUCUGUACUUGCUCUUGGACCACUGACCAAUUUGGCAUUGGCAAUCAAAAGGGACUCUUCCUUUGCCAGCAAGGUGAAAAACAUAGUUGUACUUGGUGGCUCAUUCUUUGCAUUAGGAAAUGUGAAUCCUGCCGCUGAGGCGAAUAUUUAUGGAGACCCCGAAGCUGCUGAUAUCGUGUUUACGUCGGGAGCAAAUAUCAUUGUUGUCGGCUUAAAUAUUACUACCCAAGUCAAAAUGACAGACGAGGACCUCCUCGAACUGAAGCAAUCGAAGGGGAAGCAUGCUCAGCUGCUAAGCGAGAUGUGCGAAUUCUACAGAAACUGGCAUGUGAAGUCCGAUGGCGUAUAUGGGAUUUUCCUGCACGAUCCCGUUAGUUUUGUGGCUCUGGUUCGGCCGGAUCUCUUCACAUACAAGAAGGGUGUGGUGAGGGUUGAGACGCAGGGCAUAUGCAAGGGGCUUACAUUGUUGGAUCAAGGAUUGAAGAAAUGGAUCGGUAGCAAUCCGUGGACCGGCUAUUCUCCGAUAUCCGUCGCAUGGACCGUCAAUGUGGAUGAAGUCCUUGAUUACAUUAAACAACAGUUGAUGAAACCAUGAAGAAAUCUGGAAAUACCACUUGAACAAGUUUAGAUUACCUGUUAAUUUGAUUUCUGCUACAUUGUCACUUUUAGUUUAUUCCUUUGUUCCCAGCCUUUUUUGGGUUUAAAAAGCUAAUAUUUUCCUUAUUUAGUAAUAAAGGAAGGGUGGAUUCAUUUGGAAGAUCCUUGACCAAUCAGAAAGUGUAAAUGAUACUUUUAUAUUUAAUGUUGAUGUUGGGAUCUUUAUGCCAA